AGUGAAGAAGAGCUCCCCUCUGAUUGGUUGUUGUUGCUGCGGGGCUCCUGGUAAACAAAGCUGAGCCGUUGAAGUUCGCUCGGUCUAUGAUUCUUGUUUUAUGUUAGAUUGAUGUAUGUUGGCUGUCCCAGUCUGCGUUCAGCUGGUUCAGUUCCGUUUACUUCAGCUGAUGUCAUGGUUUGGGCCGCAGCUGCUGGGAGUGUUUGUUAUCGGGAGGCUAAUGUGGCUAAUGCUAGUUUAGAGCUAAAAUCCGGUAGAUUUUAAAUGGAGUUCGGACGGGUUCGGCAGUGAUAUUAAUCCAGGUUUAAUCAACGGUUCUGUUCGGGCUCCGGAGCUGCCAUGAGCUGUUCUCCUGUGUGACUGAAGGAGGAUGGCCGCAGAGCUGUUUCCCACCAAGAAGCUGGUGUCUUCGGCCUCAAGCAGCAGCUCCGCCGCCUCGAUCCAGCAGCAGCAGAACCUGAGCAACAACAAUCCGGCACCGGGCUGCUGCAGCUGGCAGGGCCAGUACCCCACCAUCCGGGAGAGGAAUUCAGUCAUGUUCAACAAUGAGAUGAUGGCAGAUGUUCACUUUGUGGUCGGACCACCAGGUGGGACACAGAGAGUCCCUGGACACAAGUACGUCCUGGCAGUGGGCAGCUCUGUGUUCCAUGCCAUGUUCUACGGAGAACUGGCCGAGGAUAAGGAGGAGAUUCGGAUCCCUGAUGUGGAGCCACCCUCCUUCCUGGCCAUGUUGAAGUACAUCUACUGCGAUGAGAUUGACCUCUGCGCCGACACGGUGCUCGCCACCCUCUACGCUGCUAAGAAGUACAUCGUUCCUCACCUGGCGCGUGCCUGCGUCAACUUCCUGGAGACGAGCCUGAGCGCCAAGAACGCGUGUGUGCUUCUGUCGCAGAGCUGCCUGUUCGAGGAGCCCGACCUGACGCAGCGCUGCUGGGAGGUGAUCGACGCGCAGGCCGAGCUGGCGCUCCGAUCCGAAGGAUUCUGUGACAUCGACGCCCAGACUCUGGAAAGCAUCCUGCAGCGGGAGACGCUCAACGCCAAGGAGAUGGUAGUGUUCGAGGCAGCGCUGAACUGGGCCGAGGCGGAGUGCCAGAGACAGGACCUAGUUCCCACUAUCGAGAACAAGCGGCUGGUCUUGGGAAAGGCCAUCUACCUGAUCAGGAUCCCCACCAUGGCGCUGGAGGACUUUGCCAACGGAGCAGCGCAGUCUGGAGUGCUGACGCUCAAUGAGACCAACGACAUCUUCCUUUGGUACACGGCGUCCAAGAAACCAGAUCUGCUGUUCUGCACCAAGCCCAGGAAAGGCCUGUCUCCACAGCGCUGCCACCGGUUCCAGUCCUGCGCCUACCGCAGCAACCAGUGGCGGUACCGCGGCCGCUGUGACAGCAUCCAGUUCGCCGUGGACAAGCGCGUCUUCAUUGCCGGCUUUGGCCUGUACGGGUCCAGCUGCGGGUCGGCCGAGUACUGCGCCAAGAUCGAGCUGAAGCGGCAGGGCGUGCCCAUGGCCCAGAGAAUCAUCAAGUACUUCUCUGACGGUUCCAGCAGCACCUUCCUGGUCUGGUUUGACUACCCGGUGCAGAUUGAACCCGAUACCUUUUACACGGCCAGCGUAGUGCUGGACGGGAACGAGCUCAGUUACUUCGGGCAGGAGGGCAUGACUGAGGUGCAGUGUGGGAAGGUGACCUUCCAGUUCCAGUGCUCCUCGGACAGCACCAACGGAACCGGAGUGCAGGGAGGUCAGAUCCCAGAACUAAUUUUCUACGCCUGAGCCGGACAGAAGACUGCAGAGAACAGUUUGCUGUGACAGAAUCCAACCUCUCCAGGUUCUGUUGGUUCUGGUUGUAAAUAUAUGAAGGUUGGAUUUCUGUUGGCAGUAGAAAGUCCUGAAACCAUCUGAACCCGUGUGUUGCAUGUUAAUCUGACGCUCUGGAGGUGUAGCAGGUGGGAGGGACUAUUUUCAGUGGCGGAUGAAAACACUAACUGACAAACUGACCAAAGUUUAAGGUUUUAGUUUGAAUCUGAACUCAGAGGUGAAAGAAACAGCCGGCAGGAAUAUUUAUAGAUUAUUAAACUGCCUCCUCAGUUAUUAACCAGCAAACAGCUGAACAUCAGAACACUAAGAAUUCUGGGCCGUAGCUCCUUGUUUAGAAUAUAUUUCUGUGUUCAUAGAUCAGGCGAUUAAUCUGCUGAAAACACCUGAAGGACACCUGGUCAGACGGAUCCAGACAGACGUACGCUGUUUGGAAAAUGAACCAGAACCUGGAACCUUUCUAAAAGUGCCAGAAGAAUCCACCUGGAACACAUAACAUCAGAUCUUUUAGUGCCUUAAUUGAUGUGUUGAUGAUCCCUUUGUGCUCCAGUCUGGAUUCAUCGGGUCUAGGAUCCGGAUCAGUCAUUUUUACCUGGUUCCUUUAGAGAGCUGGGUCAUAAAACCAGCUGAGAUCAUCUCUGCUGUUAAAUGAAGGAGGAGCAAACCGGUCCUUAAACCUUCAGAACCGAUGUUUUACUGAUAUUCACUCAGUGAAAAAACGGGCGACUUCAGCAUCUUCAUAGAUGUCAUUCCAGCAUUUCUCCUGGUUGAUCCGGUCAUUAGAAGGAAAAUGUUCUGAUUAGGAUCUAUCAGGAUUCACUCAGUGACCCAUUCCGAUCAGUCGGACUUGAUCUACCUGCAGAAACAUCCAGGAACCUCCUGAAUCCCAGUAUCAGAACAAUUCUCCUGGAUCAGUGGAUACAUGAUCCACUUCCGGUUCACAUCAGCUGAAACGGACCAAAGGAACAAACCACCUCAUCUUUUCAGGAUUCCUGAAAUAAAAGCAGUUCCAGAAAGCACAUUUUCCUGUUGACCUCCAAAUUCUGUUAAAAGCACUGAGGAAUUCCUUUUAUCCAACAGCUGGGAUCUGGACCCCACUGUGGGUCAUGGUGGGGUGGGAGGUGGUCAUGGCCUCCAGCCGAUCCUGGCAGGAGGCAUCUCCGCUGAUUACAGAUCUCUGAGGCCGAAGACUUUGCUCUAAAUAUCUGCAAACUUUUGCACAAACAAUCUUUAAAUCCAGAUUAUAGAAAAUCUGGAACAUUCCAUGGUUCCUGCUUCCUGCACUGAGGCAGAUUCUGUGAUAAGAACCCAGAAUCCCGGUCCAGAUAGUUUGGAAACGUGAAACAUAAAACAUUAUUUGCAUAGAAGCUGCAGGAUUAUUUCUUUGUUCUUUAGAGAUUUUUUGCAGCAUCCCGAAGUGAAUUCCUUAUUUUAAUGGAAGGAAAAGUGCCACUCCUGUGCAGACAGCUCCUGGUUCCUGAAAAGUUUAGUUUUACUCAGUGACGUGCCGCCGGAACCGCUCUCGGACUGAGCCAGGAUGCUGUGAGCAGGUCAUGCUGCUGAUCCCUGCAGCAGGUUUUCAGUUAGUUGCCUUAAAUAAAGUUGCUGUGAGUCUGGAAACCGUUGCUGCUGCAGACAGAAGGACUCAGAAGCAGCUCUGAAGGUCUCUGCUGGUUUGCCCUGUGUUACCUGAGCAGGUGUUAAAGCUGUUUGUGUUCACCUCGGUGAUAACUUUGAAGCUCCUGUGGUGCUCAGUGAUUGUCUCCAUCCAUCCUCCUCAUGUUUGUACCUGAAGUUCUCGCCUGUCCGCUUCUUACUGUUGUCUAGAUGUUCUUUAGUGAUGCUCUUCUUCUUUCAAUCACUUUAAAAUCUGAAGUCAAACUGUUUUCUAUCUGAUUUUCCCUGAAAGUUCUGGAAGGUUUGCUUUUGUUCUGAUUCCAACCUGAAUGUGCAGCAGGUCAGUGGCCUUAUCUACCAGAUGUUGUGAUGAACUCAAAUAAACCUUUCAGCUCAUUAAAAA